AUUGAUAACUUCAUAAUCAAUGAGUUUAUUGUAUUUAAAAUCUUUUAAAUCAUUGAUUCAUUUGAAUAGCAGAUCACUUGCGGAUCCAUUACCCAAACGGACGAUGCGUUUCGCCGCCAAUAUAUCGUCUCUUUUUGAAGACAUACCAAACCAUAUCAACAAAUACGAAGAAGUGGUCAAAAGAAGUGAUUUCCGUUUUGAUGCCAUCGAAGCCCAGAAUCCAUACCAAUGCUCUCUCGAAGAAUGGAGACAACUAUUGACAAGAGUUCCGACACUCAAAUGGGUUCUCAUAAACAGUCGUCCCCUUUGGGAUCAAUUCAAUGAUGUGAUGCCGACCAGAGAACAGUUGGAACAAGUGCUCAAAGAUACUGCCGAUUACGCCAAAGCACUCAAUGUAUCGAAAGUUCAUUUGCUUUUAAAGGACAUUAAGAGUGAUUCCGAAAUAUAUAUUGAUCUGUUGUUUAACCAUUUAAUUGGUAUUAGUCCUCAAAUGCGAGACUUAAUAUCGAUGAGCGCUCAAUAUCUGGAACCGUUUGGUGUGACCUGUGUUUUAGAGCCGCUCUCUAUUCGGCCGAACUAUUACUUGCGUUCAUACGAUUUGGCCAAACAAUUGGUCCAAGAGAUCAAUAAACCGAAUGUUAAGCUAAUGCUCGAUACCUAUCACUUGCAGAGACUUCACGGAAACCUAACUCAUUAUAUCCAUGAUUUGAAGCCAUAUAUAGGACACGUCCAGAUAUCUCAGGUGCCGAACAGAGACUGUCCCGUCGGUGAGGGAGAGAUCAAUCACAGCUAUGCUCUCAAACAGAUUAGUCGAGUAUAUGAUGAUUACGUGGGCCUUGAAUACAAAAAUCAAAGUUCUGACUCCUUUUUAUGGCUCAAUGAAUUCAAAGAUCUUUGAAUUUAAUUAUUUUACCAUCGAUUCAAUUAUGUCCACAAUAACCACAAUUACGCUAACAUUUGUUAUGUUUUCAAAUAUUUUAAAUAUUAUAUAUUUUUGAAGAAUUAAUUUAAAUAAAGGGUUAUUUUUAAAAUUCAAUUACAAA